AUGACAGGAGGAAAUGUUGACAGCGAGAACUGUCAUCGACGGGUGAAGGAAGAGGAAAAGGCUGGCAGACUUUUGCUUCAGCUGGCAGACGACGAAGGCGCGCAGUUCGCCCAGGCCAGCGCGGCCAUCAAGAAGCACAUGUACGUGGACGACUUCAUCGGCGGCGCGCAAAUCGUAGACGACGCGAUCCUGCUGCGCUCCGAUCUCUGCAAGCUGCUGCUGAAGGGAGGAUUCCAGCUGCGUAUGUGGUGCUCCAACCCGCUCGCCGUCCUGGCGGACAUUCCCCGCAAGCUCCUUGGAACGCAGUCGUCGUUACAGUUCGACCCCGAAGAGACGAUCAAAACCCUUGGCAUCAGCUGGGAGCCCGAAGCUGACGUGUUCCGGUUCGUUGUCUCGGUCGUCUGGGACCUGUCCCCCACCAAGCGCAACAUCCUCUCCGUAAUCGCCCAGCUGUACGACCCCCUCGGUCUGAUCGCUCCCGUCGUCGUACUCGCCAAGAUCGUCCUGCAGGAGUUGUGGUACUUGGCACUGGAGUGGGACGCGUUGGUCCCCCCGGAGUUGCGCACAAGAUGGUUCGACUUUUGCGAAGGGCUUUCGCACCUGACCAACUUCCGCAUCGACCGCUACGCCUUCGCCCGCAAAUGCUGCUACGCCGAGCUCCAUUUCUUCUCGGAUGCGUCCGAGGUGGCCUACGGAGCAGUCGCCUACGUGCGCUCGGAGUCGCCGGACGGCAAGAUCAAGGUGAGCUUGCUGACAUCGAAGUCGAAGGUGGCCCCCCUCAAGAAGCGAAGCAUACCCCGCCUGGAACUUUGCGCAUUCUUUCUCGCCGCGCAAAUGUACGUGAGAGUCGUCGAAGCCCUGGACGUGAAGUUUCAAGACGUGUACUUCUGGACCGACUCGGAGGUGGUUCUGCAGUGGCUGAAGUCGGCGCCCCGAAGGUGGAAACCCUUCGUCGCGAAUCGCAUCUCGGAGAUCCAGAUCAUCACCCACGGCGCAAAGUGCCUGCACGUCGCCGGCUUGGAGAACCCUGCGGAUCUGGUGUCCCGCGGAAUGCCGACGGAGAAGCUCGUCAACAGCCCCAAGUGGAAGUUCGGAGCGUCCUGGUUGGGCAAGCACAAACCGCUGUGGCCCCCGCAGCGCGACCUCAAAGGUGCGCUCCCCAUCGAAGAGCAGAAGGAGAAACCCAUUCUGGUUGUACAAACCGCCCCGCCCAACCAUGUCUUCACCAUCUUCUUCUCGUACCGACGCCUGCUGAACGCAGUAGGCCUCGCUUUGCGUUUUGCACAGAACGUCCGCAAGCCUUGCAAGCGGAACACGGACCGAGUUCUGUCGGUCGUCGAGCUGGAAGCCGCUAAGGUCGCUCUCGUCAAGAUCGUCCAAGCCGAGACGUUCCGGAGGACCUCAAGCUGUUGCGGAAAGGCCGACCUGUCGCACCAAAGUCCCCUCUGCGCCUGCUCAACCCAUUCUUGGAUCAAGCUGGUGUGA